UGAUCGGCCCUUCAGUCAAGAUCCACGAUUAAUGAGAAAGAUAAAUUGUGAAAAAUUCAAACACAAUGCGAUAGCACAGAGACAAUUUGUGCUAUUAGAAACAAGGAAUGGCAGUAUUCUUGCGCCUUUCAGUUUAGACAAAAUAUGGCAGCCAAACAAAUGUUCUCAAAUCUUUGAUCAGUGAUAAGAAAUAGUGGCAUUAUUCUGAUGUGGUACUGAUAGAUUCUAAGAGGCCCAGUUUGGGUUGUGUUAAUUAUUUGGUGUUUUUUUACAGGUUCGUUUUGAGAACCAAGAAUAGGACCACGACAAUAUAUAUUUUUGUCUACAUUAAACAAUUUAUUUUGAUUAAUAUGCAAAAUAUUACUUGAUAUGCAAAACAUGUUAUUCUGUCAUAGACGCCUGGUUUAUAUUGGCUAAUUAGAAUACAUCAAGUCAUUCAAAUAACACGUCACUAAUUUACUAAGUGAACUUUUCGGAGCUAGACUAACUGGAGCAGUGUGCUAACCAAGGUCAAGUCACAGAACAAGACAAAACAACAGUAGGAGGAGCAUGGGAUGGUGAUGUGGACAUUCUGAGGAUGAUACACUGUCCUGGAUGAUCUAAUGGCAGACUGUCAGUUAGCAGAUGACCAGUGGCUGGAGGGGAACUCCGGGGUCAAGGACCGGACAGUCCUCCAUGACUAUACAGCAGGAGCAGUUGCAGGUGGUGCCGGAAUGGUAGUUGGUCAUCCCUUCGACACAGUUAAGGUACUGCUACAGAUUCAGGGAGGCGGGGACCGCUACAAGAGCAUCCUGGACUGUGUCAGGAGUGUCCACACACAAACACUGUCAAAGGGCUUCUUCCGCGGCUUGUCAUGGCCCUUGCUGUCCAGUGUUGGCAUCAACUCCAUCCUCUUUGGGGUGUAUGGGACAGCUCUCUCUCUUCUUGGUCACCAGGGGGACUCUUCACAACGCAGCGCCACCUACUAUUUGACAAUCUUAUCUGCAGGGUGUAUUGGAGGUGCUGCUCAACUGCCUUUGGCAUGCCCAGUUGACUCGCUGAAGAUUGUACUACAGUCUCAGAUACCCCAUGCACAGGGAGACAAGCUAGGUGCCAAAAAACCAUUCCACCGUGGCCCCCUUGCAGCAGCUAAGGACAUAAUCCGUACGCGGGGGAUACAAGGCUUGUACAGGGGACUAAGCACACAGGCCUUGAGAGAUAUCCCAGCCAGUGGUAUUUACAUGACUACUUAUGAAGUCCUAACCCACACAACGACCAGUGUGAUGCCCACAAUUCCAUCUCAGGUCAUCAACUUCUUCUCCGGAGGAAUUAGCGGCAUCGUCAGUUGGCUUUGUAUCCUACCUUUUGAUGUUGUCAAGAGCCGGCUACAGUCAGACCCAGAGAGGAAGUUGUACAGAGGAUUGUGGGAUUGCGCCAUGAAGAGUUAUAAAGCAGGCGGAGGGAAGAUAUUUUUCAAAGGUGCUCUAGUUAUGAGCAUGCGGGCCUUCCCAGUUAAUGCAGUCACCUUGAUGGUGUAUUCUGAAUGUCUAAAAUUGUUCAACCAGUAUUUGUGAGUAUAUCCUGAAACACUGAAUUUGAUUAUGUUGUUUAAUGGCAAACAUUAUCUAGAACUCUAUGGUUACACUAAAAGUGACAAAUGUUCGCAUUUCAUUCUGACUAUACACACGUUCCUUCUGACUUUAUAGGUUUGCAUAAUGAUAUAACAUCAGUCAACUUCAGUGUAUGCAUGACCAGAUCGGUUUAUACAUGUAUCUAAAUUUAUUUUGACAGAAGUUCAGUAAAACAUUUCCCAAUCAGACAUUUUGUACCUAUCUCUUGAGACCUGCAGUGGGUCCCCGGGUAGGGUCAGGUUAUAGGGGGGUGGGUACCUGGGUAGUAAAGUUGGUCUUGUCCCAGCCCUAUUCCCAACCCUGAAACACUCAAUUCAUUCUCAAUCCAAAAUCAGUCAAUUUGUCUUCACCCUGAAUCUGUCAUUUCAUACCCUACCCUAAAAUAUUGAAUUUAAUGAAUUAGGUCCCUACAAUAAUUCAGUGGAUUCAGUUUCUCGCUAACUGAAUUCAUUCUCUACCGUACAAGGUUGAUGAUUUCACCUCAUUAACUGACCAAAGUCAACAAGACGGUCAGACUGGAGUCUCCAAAGAGAUCUCACAAAAUUCUAAGCAGAUUUUAAGUAUAGCCUUCAGGUCAGCCAUAUUGGAAAUGCCAUUUCUGCCAAUGAUACCAUUUCCUCAUAUAUCGUUAUGAAGUUGAUAUGUAAUAAACAAGUGGUUUGCAUAAUACAGAUUUGUUCACCUUUUGGUCCCUAGCUGCUUAGGGCAUGGUUCCUAAGGAGUUGUAUGUUUUACAAUUGCCUGAAUGGAUAAAACUCAUGAUUGAUCAUACUGGUGCAAAACUCUCUGAAGCUUAUAGGUCCGACAUGUAUUUUCCACCGUUUGUCUUCUUUGAAUAAAACAAAAGUAGCGAUAUAGUGUUUUGCCCACCUGACAUGCUUUUUCUGGUGCCCUGCGUCUCCUCAGAAACCACUGGACCAAUGAAGCUGACACUUCACAUACUUGUUUCCUCCCACUAAUGAUGGAUCAAAUCCGAUUUAUAGUGGUAACGUUAUUUACGGCCAUUACUGUGUCAUUUUUAUGCAUUUUUAAAGUAAAGAUCAGCGGUAAUAAAAAAAGGAGUAAUAUUUUAAUAUAUUUUUUCAACAGUUGGACUUUGAAAGGGCAGCACAUCCGUAGACCAAGAAAUAAAAAAAAUGUGGCCUUAUGGUAUUUGAUCUUCAUAUGCCCCAGUUUCUUUAACACAUUGGGUUAAAAGGUGUAGAUUUCCUUGAUAUGAUCAUAGGCACAUUGGCAGCAAUAUUUAAAAUGUCGGUUCUACACACUGUCUGUCUUUUCCACAUGCAUCAGUAUGAAAUUUGAUAUGCAGCAUGUGGUAUGGGAAAUAAUAUAAUCUAGUUUUUGGAGUAUUUAUAUUUAGAAUAACAACCUUUGUUGAACAUGUUAUUUCAGUCCUUUAUUUAGCCUUUUAUGCAAGUAUCUGUGUAAUUUCAUGUACAUGCAGUAAGAAUGUCGGUUGUGUGGGGACUAAUGUUUUUUGGCUCAACAAUGUUUACCCCCUUGUAUGAAUAUGAUCUUAUAUUCAGGUGAGCUACUGAGAUUGUGUCUUCUUAUAAGCUCAAAAUCCUCCAUGAAAAUGUAUGGAAUUAUCCAAACUUAAGACAUGUUGAGUGUCGAUAUUUUACUUGUAGAUAUAUGUGCUUAUAACUAUAUGACGUAGAAUGUAAUCUGUUUUAGAUAUACCUAUUAAUGAAGAUCAGAAGGGUUUCAUGGCUGGGUGAUACAUUGGAGAAAUAACAAGGCAGAUAUAUGAUCUAAAGCAAUAUACUGAAAAUUAUCAAAUUCCAGACCUACAACUGUUGAUCAAUUUUGAAAAAGCAGUCAAUCCUGUUGACUGGAAUUUCAUUAAUGAAACACUGAGUUACUUUGGCUUUGGAGAAUCAAUUAAACAACUAAACAACAAGUACAUACUUUCUACUUGGGCUGGGACGGGUAACUCGAGUACUCAGGUCAGGUGUGUCCUGAGUAGGACCCGUGUACCCACAGGACUACCCAGACCCGUGGUUUGUCACGUGAUAUAUUGUUUAAUGACAAAAACUCACCAUUGUUCAGUGGAUAAAGCUUCAGUCAACUUCAGUGUACACAUGAUCUGAUUGUUUGAUGCAUGUAUCAAAAUAAUUUUGUCCAGGGGUGCAGUAAAAAAAUUCCCAAUCAUACAUUUGUUCCCAACUUUUGAGACCUGCAGCGGGUAUAGGGGUUAGGUACCCGGGUAGUAAAUUUGGACUCGUCCCAGCCCUACUUUCUACAAUGGAAUACAAUCAGAAGUUCUUGCGAUGGUUUUGGUUCCUCAUUCUUUGAUCGUGGCCCAGUCGUCUAAGUCGCCGUGAUUUGCUGUGCAGAGUUGCGUCCCUUGGGCACGCCAGAAACCUAUAAUUGUGGGUUUGAAUCCUGGUUUGCCCCGAUUAUGUUUCUAGGUUUGUCA